AUGCCAAGUUGUUGGAAAUGUCGACAAAAACCGGGCCUCUUGUCGUCCGGUUUCAAACCGAUAUGGGUUACCCUGUCUAUGAUGUGGUUACUUGCUACCCAUUCGGUUAAUUCUAAGACGGCUGUUUCGAAGAAUCAAGUGGUUCAGAAAGAGGCCCAGUUCGAUGUGACCUACAACGACACGGUUACCAGCGAAAACCAAACCAUCUAUGCAUUUAACCAUACAGUUUCAAGAAACAAGACGGAAGGGAUCAGGGUGUCGGUGGAGCUUCUCUCUGAGGAUCCUAAGAGUCCAAUCCUCUUCGUCGUCAGGCAGAAACAGGCUGAUCUUUCCUUCCAGGUUCCUCUCAUUCUCCGUGGCCCGUCUUGGAGAAAGUAUCAGUAUACAGAAGUGGCUCGUACUCUGUGUCAGCUCCCGACUCAAGUGCCAUCAGAAAUUCAGUUUUUCUACGUGGACACGUCCACUCUGUCCAACGCUGGCAUUAGCUACCAGCUCAGAGUCAGUCGGGUGGACAGCUUCACCCUGCAGACGAACAAGAAAUUCAGCUUCAAUGCCACUCCAUCCCAACCUCAGUUUUUUAAAUAUGUGUUUCCUGAAGGAGUGGACACGGUCAUUGUCAAGGUCAACUCUUCAGUCAACUUCCCCUGCUCCGUUAUGUCCAUCCAAGACAUCCAGUGUCCAGUGUAUGAUCUUGAAAAUAAUGUAGCUUUCAUUGGGAUGUACCAGACCAUGACUACAACAGCAGCCAUCACGGUGCAGAAAAAAGACUUCCCUAGCAACAGUUUCUAUGUGGUUGUGGUGGUGAAGACUGAAGAUGAGGCGUGUGGAGGACCUCUGAAGUUAUCUCCUCUGGUACCAGAUCGGCUGUAUGACCCUGGGAAUCGUAGUAAACCUCUGGAGGUGGUUGUCUCUCCUGCCAUUGACUCAUAUGCCAUGGGGAUGUGGACUUGUCUUGGUAUAUUCUUGUUUGUGCCCUCCUGCUGUGGCUGUGCCUGUGUCAUCUACACGUGUGUGAAGAAGAAGGAGGGGCCUCUGAACCCGGGAGAGACGUCGCCCACAGAGACAGAGCGUUCCCCGGAGUCAGUGGGGAGGUCCAGACAGGAGGCAUGUAGUUUAGUUGAGGAGUAUGACUUUGAUACACUGCCAGACAUUGAGUCAGAUCAGAACAUUGUGCGCACGAAGAGGUACCUGUGUGUAUCAGAUUUGGCCAAGGCAGACAAUACGGUGCUAAGUAAACAAUAUCAGAUCUAUUUCUGGAAUAUUGCGACCAUUGCUGUUUUCUACGCCCUGCCUGUCAUACAGCUCGUCAUCACUUAUCAGACGGUGUUUAACAAGACAGGAAAUCAGGACAUCUGCUACUAUAACUUCCUGUGUGCCCAUCCUCUGGGACCUGUGAGUUCCUUUAAUAACAUUCUAAGUAACCUUGGUUACGUGAUGCUGGGUCUGCUCUUCCUUGUCAUCGUGUUGAUGAGGGACAUCAUGCACUUGAGAAAUGAUUCCAACGCUCUGGAGUGUGGUAUCCCUAAAUACUCUGGCCUGUUUUAUGCCAUGGGAACAGCUCUGAUGAUGGAGGGCGUGUUGAGUGCCUGUUACCAUGUCUGUCCCAACCACACUAACUUCCAGUUUGACACGGCAUUCAUGUAUAUGAUAGCUGGUCUGUGUAUGCUGAAGCUGUAUCAGAAGAGACAUCCAGACAUCUGUGCCAGUGCAUACACUGCCUACGCCUGUCUGGCCACUGUCAUCUUCUUCUCUACAGUGGGAAUGGUCUUUGGGAAGGGGAAUACAGUGUUCUGGAUUGUCUUCUCUGUCAUUCAUAUUCUGGCCACUAUGCUGCUCAGCAUUCAGCUUUACUAUAUGGGCUGCUGGAGUCUGGACUCUGGAAGCUUGCGCAGGAUGCUGUAUGUAAUUUACACUGAUUGUAUUCGCCAGUGUAGUGGACCCAUGUACAUAGAUCGGAUGGUUCUGCUGGUGAUUGGCAAUAUUGUCAACUGGUCCCUGGCCGCGUAUGGACUCAUUAAGAAGCCAAACAAUUUUGCCUCCUACCUCCUGGUCAUCGCCAUCUGUAAUCUCCUGCUCUAUUUCGCCUUCUACAUCAUCAUGAAGCUGCGAAGCGGCGAGAGGAUCAAGUGUCUGGCUCUGGUGUGUAUUCUCUUCACUGCUGUCAUCUGGGGCUUUGCUCUCUUCUUCUUCUUCCAGGGUCUCAGCAACUGGAAGAAAACUCCGGCGGAGUCUCGGGAGCACAAUCGAGAAUGCAUCCUUCUCUCUUUCUUCGACGACCACGACAUCUGGCAUUUCCUCUCCUCCAUCGCCAUGUUCGGCUCUUUCUUAGUCUUACUCACCAUGGAUGACGAUCUAGACUCUGUUCAGAGAAAUAAAAUCAUUGUGUUUUAA